AUGAGCGAACGAGGGUACGACAGUGAUGCCCAGUGCAUUGGGAGUCCUCAGCAUGCCGAUCAGAUGAGAGCGUCGCCCAGAAGUCCGGCCUUUCGCAGAAUGGGGUUGCAUGAUCUAAUAGAGCACAGUCGUGAGCGGAACGACUUGGAGAUGUGGGCGGGUGCCCAAAGCCAGGAUCGAUCCGACACCCCGGGAACUCCCUUUGGGAUGCAUUAUAUACCUACGCCACCAGGAAGUUUGAGAGGGCGCUCGGCUCACCCCAACUCUGCAACCGAAGGCACAGGUAGCCAGUCCGUGCCUUCAUUCAACAAUGAGCGGUCGGGCGAUCAAAACGCGUUCACGAAAUCUCUCCCAAGCCUUCCUGCCAGCCAAGAAGAAUUAGCUCCAGCAAAUCGUCCCCGAUUUAGAGAAGGCUUGAUAAACAGCAGCAGCGGUGAGAACCCCAAAAACAUUGUUCCUGACUGGACUCAGUACAUUGGAUCAAAUCCCAAUGACCAUCGCGUGGCGUCUUCAGCGUCGCUAGCCAGGGAAGAUCCGGGCAUUAUGGUUUCCAAGACACGGCAACCAACAAGCUCUCCCAGGACUCCCUCUGAGGCCCGAGUACCGCAUCUCGGUGAUCUGGACCUUUCGCACAGACUCGCAGGGACAAGCAUGGGGUCCGGACCGCCAUCAACUAACCCAUCCAUGUUGGAACUGCCACGUGCGAAUAGAUAUGGGCCACAAAUGGCAUCACAAGAGAACCUUCAAUCCCAUGAGAGGUCUGGAACAUCGGAAAUCAUGGGAUCCGAGUCCCAGAAGCAAGCUAUGUCUCAUCAACGAGAUGCGUCCUCUUUCUAUUCGCGUCAAAGCAGUAACCCUUCGCGGGGGGCGUCUGCCGUUCAGUCGCUGAGAGUUCACGCUGCAAAUGCAAUGGAUAGCCUACCGAAUAUUCAUGCACAAAUGGCAGCUGAGACUAAUUCAGCCCAAAAUGAACCGGAAUCAGGUUCCGAGGUUGUGAAAAGCAAGUUCGUUGAGCAACUUGAUGCGGCAAAUUGGGAAUCACCCCAGAUUCAUGGCAUUUCCAAUGGCGCCAACGGUGCCGGUCCACAUCGUAGAGUCAGUCCCGGCUGGAUGACUGGAGGGCGACGAAUGGGCUAUGGCUAUAGCUUGGUGGACAACGCUGAGGAUCACCCACCAACACUUGGAGGGAACAGUAGUCCACUUCCGAACGGGGAUUGGCACAGAGACACCCCGGGACCUAGCUCUAACAGCCGAUGGUCUCCUAUGAACAAAAGUCCUACCAAUGCCAAGGGAGAGCCCAUCUUGACACCGACGAUGUGGGCCAAAAUGAAGAGCCAGUCACUUCGAGGUAAUAGUCACGCACCGCUGGCAGUGGAUUUGGCCGGUGAAGGAAUGGCUGCAGGCAAAGCCGGCCGUACAAGCUCAAUUCGCGCGCAGCACAUUGAAUCGCCAACUUCUGCAAAGUCGCCAACUUCCGCAAAAUCACCGACUUCCGCAAAGACGCCUACUUCGGCAACGAGCUUCUAUAUCGAAGACGUGGACGAAACGUUCUUGAGUCGCUGGGCGAAGGCCAGCCGUUCCACUCGUAAACAACCACAGCCAGACAAGUACCAUGAUUCAACCCAUGGGCGCACUGUGUCUUCUUCGGACGCUUCACCACUUGGUGAACGCCGCUUCUCCAUGGAUCAGACAAACCAUCAGCCCUCCGUGUACUUCGAUCCGUCGAAUGACAGGAGUGCAGACAGAUUAAAUGGAGAACCUUCCCGCUCUCGUAGUGGACGCUGGAUGCUAAAGUUUUCCAGAAACAGGGAAAGCAAGAGACGCUCGAACCGCCCUCCGAAAGCAGCAUCCCAGGAAGGACCAUUUCAGGAAUCGCCAGUACAGUAUGAAGAGCGUCCGUCGAGUGAUCUAGAACGAGCAAACUCUACCAGAAGCGAUGCGGCAGAGGAGCUCGCAAGUGCGUAUCAGGAGUGCAUUGGGAUGCCCGGGGCCUUUUAUGGAAGCCGGUGGGCGAGCCGAACAAGUCUGGUGGUGGAGGCAGAGUGA